AGUGGUUCGGUGCUGAGAUGCAAUCCUGUGUAAUCAAGUUCACCUGCCCACACUGAUGCUGGCAGCCAGAUGCUUGGGCCCACUGGGCAGGCCAUUGGCCACCUGCGGGAUGAGCAGACUGCUGGGGGGGACGCUGGAGCGGGUCUGCAAGGCUGUGCUCCUCCUCUGCCUGCUGCACUUCCUUGUGGCUGUCAUCCUCUACUUUGACGUCUACGCCCAGCACCUGGCCUUUUUCAGCCGCUUCAGUACCCGAAGCCCAGCCCAUGCCCUCUACCCUGCAGCCAGCAGCAGCACCAACUGCUCUCGGCCCAAUGCCACUGCCGCUAGCUCUGGGCUUCCUGAAGUGCCCAGUGCCCAGCCUGGCCCCACAGCUCCAGCCAUCCCACCCUGUCCUGACGUGCCACCUGGUCUUGUGGGCCGAGUGGUCAUCGAGUUCACCUCACCCAUGCCUCUGGAGCGGGUGCAGAGGGAGAACCCAGGCGUGCUCCUGGGAGGCCGCUAUACACCACCUGACUGCACCCCAGCCCAAACGGUGGCAGUCAUCAUCCCCUUUAGACACCGGGAGCACCACCUACGCUAUUGGCUCCACUAUCUGCACCCCAUGUUGAGGCGGCAGCGGCUGCGCUACGGGAUCUAUGUCAUCAACCAGCAUGGUGAGGAGACCUUCAACCGGGCCAAGCUGCUCAACGUAGGCUUCCUAGAGGCGCUGAAGGAGGACGCUACCUAUGACUGCUUCAUCUUCAGUGAUGUGGACCUGGUCCCUAUGGAUGACCGCAAUCUGUAUCGUUGUGGUGACCAGCCCCGCCACUUUGCCAUCGCCAUGGACAAGUUUGGCUUCCGGCUGCCCUACGCGAGCUACUUCGGAGGUGUGUCGGGCCUGAGUAAGGCCCAGUUUCUGAGGAUCAACGGCUUUCCCAACGAGUACUGGGGCUGGGGCGGCGAGGAUGAUGACAUCUUCAACCGGAUCUCUCUGACUGGGAUGAAGAUCUCGCGCCCAGAUGUCCGGAUAGGCCGCUACCGCAUGAUCAAGCACGACCGGGACAAGCAUAACGAGCCCAACCCUCAGAGGUUUAGUAAGAUUCAGAACACAAAGAUGAGCAUGAAGUGGGAUGGCAUUGGAUCAGUGCGGUACCGAGUCUUGGAAGUGUCUCGGCAGCCACUUUUCACCAACAUCACAGUGGACAUCGGACGGCCCAUGUCCUGGUUCAAUCAAGGCUGACACUGACCGACAAAGGCCCUCCAUGCCCUUCUGAUGUGGAGGGUUGCCUGCCAGAGGACUGACCUACAGCCUGUCUGACAGCUGCUCGGGGGUGUCCCCCAAGACUGAGACUGUGAGCUGUUUUCUGAAGGUCUUAAUAGACAGCCAGCUGCACCUAGAAGUUUCAGAACCCACUUUGAGGGGCUUCUGGGCAAGCCCCUCUUAAUGGCCCUCUCUGAGGUCAAUCCUUCUUCCUGCCCUACUUCCCCCAGCCCAAACCUCCUCACUAUUAGGGUUGGGCCAGCCCCUGCACUGCCUCGCGGAGUGGCCUGGGCUAGGUCACUCCACCUCUGUGCCUCAGUUUCCCACCCCCCUUGAGUCCCCUAGGGCCUGGAAAGGUGGGAGGAUUUGACUAGGGGGCAGCGUUUCUUCCAGGGGGAGUUCUCAGAUCUGGGUAUCCCUCAUGCUUCCAGGGGAGGGGAACCUUUUUCCUUCAACAUGGUAGGGGGCAAGCUUUGGUAAGCCACCUACUGAGGAGUGCCCCCAGGAGGGGGCCAGAAGGGGUGCUGCGUUUCCUGGGAUCAUGGGGUUGGCCUUUGCAUGGGGGACAGGUGGGGCUUGGAUCAGUCAAUGGUACUGGCCUCCCUGUCUUAGAGAGGAGGCAGAAGCCCCAGGGCCUGCUCAAUGUUUAUAUGUUGCACAGAAACUUGUGUGGGUGCUUUAGUAAAAAACGUUAAUGGA